CGAUAGUACUCUCAGUGAGACAGUAAUAGACGCGAGCCUUGACAGAACCGAGAGAAGCAGAGACGAACAGAAUCAUGGUGAAUACGAGAAAGAGCACCCAAUCCCUGCCAUGCAGUCCGUUCAUCUCAUCCAGGACGAGGUCGUCUGUCAGAAACAACCCCGGUUCGGAAGAACCCAAUCAUAAGGAGGCGAACAGUGAUGUGAGCAGUCCCAGCAGCCCCCGCCUGUCCCCCCCCUCCAAGCGCACACGGCGUCAGACGCGCACCCCCAGCUCCAGCGACACGUCCCCCAGCCCGCAGAGCAAAGAGCAGAGGGUCAGCUGGCACGUGCCGCACUACUGCACCAGGUUGUCCUCUGGUGCUCUCCAGAAUGGACACACGCGUAUGAGCCAACGGGAGCGAGGGGGCGGAGAUGGAGGAGACGGAGACCACUCCCGCCUGAACGGGGAGGUGCGGAGCUGCCGCACCAGGAAGAGCACCUUUCAGCACCUCAACCAGAGCCUGCUCUUUGACCAGCUCAUCAACAGCACGGCAGAAGCGGUUCUGCAGGAGAUGGACAACAUCAGCAGCAUCCGGCAGAACCGCGAGGUGGAACGUCUCCGCAUGUGGACAGACACUGAGCUGGAGAACAUGGACAUGUACUCACGGGUGAAGAGGAGGAAGUCGAUGCGGCGGAACUCGUUCGGGAUACAGACUCACCACAAGGCCCUCAGCAAGAAGGAGAGCCCAGCGGAGGACGAGGAGGGGGAGAACACGGGGGAAUCCAACGAAGAGGCUGACGACGACGAAGAUGAAGAUGAUGGAGAGGAAGAGGACGAUGAAGACGACGAAGGAGACGAGGCAGAAGAGCCUGGUGAAGAAGACGACCGCCCGUACAACCUCAGGCAGCGCAAGACCGUGCAGCGCUACGAGGCGCCCCCUAUAGAGCCCGUGAACAGAAAGCAGAGCACCGACUCCCUGUUUGACACACACAGGUCGCCGGCGCGGAGAAGCCAUAUCAGGAUUAAGAAGCAUGCCAUCCACAGCAGUGACACCACCUCCUCCUCCGAUGAGGAGCGCUUCGAGAGGAGGAAGAGCAAAAGCAUGUCUCGCGCACGCAACAGGUGUCUGCCAAUGAACCUGCUUGGUGACGACCUGACCAGCGGGGUGCUGAGGGAUCGGGCCAAAGUGGGCGCUAGCCUGGCGGACGUGGACCCCAUGAACAUCGACUCCUCCGUGCGGUUCGACAGUGUUGGCGGUCUGGAGCAGCACAUUCGGGCGCUGAAGGAGAUGGUGGUGUUCCCCCUGCUCUACCCCGAGGUGUUCGAGAAGUUCAAGAUUCAGCCCCCGAGGGGUUGUCUGUUUUACGGUCCUCCAGGCACAGGGAAAACUCUGGUGGCCCGGGCGCUGGCCAACGAGUGUAGCCAUGGCGACAGGAAAGUCUCGUUCUUCAUGAGGAAAGGAGCCGACUGCCUCAGCAAAUGGGUGGGAGAGUCCGAGAGACAGCUCCGCCUACUUUUUGACCAGGCCUACCUCAUGAGGCCCUCGAUCAUCUUCUUUGAUGAGAUUGAUGGUCUCGCCCCGGUGCGGUCCAGCAGACAGGACCAAAUUCACAGUUCCAUAGUGUCUACCCUGCUGGCGUUGAUGGACGGGCUUGAUAGCCGUGGGGAGAUAGUGGUCAUCGGUGCUACCAACAGAAUCGACUCUAUCGACCCAGCCCUCAGGAGGCCCGGCCGCUUCGACCGGGAGUUCCUCUUCAAUCUGCCCGACAAGAAGGCUCGUAAGCACAUUCUGGAGAUCCACACGCGGGACUGGAGUCCUCGGCUGGCUGAGUCCUUUGUGGAGGAGCUGGCUGAGACCUGUGUUGGCUACUGCGGCGCUGACCUGCGGGCGCUGUGCACGGAGGCGGCCCUGGCUGCUCUGCGGCGGCGGUACCCUCAGAUCUACGGCUCCAGCGCGACGGGCCGGCGCUACCGGCUGGACGUGGGCUCCAUCGUGCUGGGGCCGGGCGACUUCGGACGCGCCCUGAGGGCCAUCGUGCCCGCGGGGCAGAGGGCACUGGCGCCGCCUGGCAGGGCACUGCCCUCCCUACUGCGCCCCCUACUGGAGGGAGGACUGCAGAUCGCCCUCAGGGGCCUGCUCAGGGUGUUUCCACACGCGGAGAGACACACACACGCAAACUCAGACAAUCAGCUUCUGGAGGAGGACGUCUACAGUGACGAGGACGACCCAGCAGCUCCCUCCAUCUAUGAUGUCCUUACAGCAUCUCCAAAAAAACACCAGCCCCCACACAAACCCUUCCUACAUUUUACCACGUCUGCCUACAUCCAGCCCAUGUCGUAUCGUCCGCGGCUGCUGCUGGCGGGGCCGGGGGGGUCGGGGCAGAGCACGCACCUGGCCCCCGCCAUCCUGCACCACCUGGAGGAGCUCAGCACACACCGCCUGGACCUGCCCACGCUCUACUCCACCAGCACCAAGACACCUGAGGAGUCCUGCGCUCAGGUGUUCCGGGAGGCUCGUAGGAGCGUGCCCAGUGUGAUCUACAUGCCGCACGUGAGCGAGUGGUGGGAGGCCAUCAGCGACACGGUCCGGAGCACCUUCAUCACGCUCCUGCAGGACAUCCCCUCCCUCUCGCCCAUCCUCAUCCUCGCCACGGCCGACUGCCCCUACACACAUCUGCCUGAAGGGGUAAAGUCCAUCUUCAGUCGUGCGCGCGGGGAAGUGGUGUGUGUGAGUCCAAGCGGAGACGAGGAACGCAGGAAGUUCUUCGGUGACCUCAUCCUGGUGCAGGCUGCCCAGGCUCCGCCCCGGCGCAGGAACACAGCAGUGGGAGUGCCGGUGGUGGAGGUGCUGGAGGUGGAGGAGGUGGAGGGCCCGCGGCAGCUGUCUGCAGAGGAGCGGCGGCGGCUGGAGGAGCAGGAGGAGAACACACUGCGCGAGCUGCGCCUCUUUCUCAGGGACGUCACACGCCGCCUCGCCACCGACAAGCGCUUCCUCAUCUUCAGCAAGCCCGUCGACAUCGAGGAGGUGGCAGACUAUCUGGAGGUGAUACGGCAGCCCAUGGAUCUGUCCACCAUCAUGACCAAGAUCGACACACACAAGUUCCUCGUGGCCAAGGACUUCCUGUCCGACGUUGACCUCAUAUGCAGCAAUGCGUUAGAGUACAAUCCCGACAAGGACCCGGGAGACAAGAUCAUCCGGCACCGGGCCUGCAGUUUGAGGGACACGGCCCACGCCACGAUCGCCUCUGAGCUUGACCCUGAGUUCGACCGCAUGUGUGAGGAGAUCAAGGCACGCAGGAAAAGAGCAGACCUGCAGUCGCCCCCGGCGACACAGCAGCAGGUGACCACCCCAAGCCCCGUGGUAACCAGGAAACCUGCAGGAGAGGAGGCUGCUGGGAGCAGCACUCAGGGGGAGGCGCUGGAGAAGCACUGCAGCAAUAACCAGUUGAAGCGCAAGGCUCCGCGGCGAUCAUCGUGGAGGCACGGCAUCAUCAGGAAGAAGAAGAGCUACCUAAAGAAGGAGGCCGGGGAGGACCAAGACGAGGAGGAGGAGGAGGAGGAGCCCAACGGCUGGGCCGAGUCCGAGGAGGCCGGCCUGGGCCUGGGCAAGGACGGCGAGGAGGAGGAGGAGGAAGAGGAGGAGGAGGAGGAGGAAGGGGAGUCCUGCGAGCCACCGCCUCCCACGUCGUCGUCCUCAACGACCACCACCACCACCGCCGCCGCCGCCAUUUUGGACUCCACGCAGCACAACGGCCACGCCGUCUCCACGGAGGAGGAGAGCUCCAGCGAAGCCCUCGCCCUCAGGCACGUGCCCCCCGCCCCAAACCCCGCCCCUAAGUGCGUCAACGGAGACGAGUCCAUGUCCAGCCUGGACAGUCAGACGGCCGCGGCCGACACGGACACGAACACGGACCCGCGCGUUGCCGCCGGAGGGGCGCCGCCGAAGACGUCCGAAGCAGGGCACUCUGGGAAGGCGGAGCAGGAGGAGGGGGCGACGGGGCAGGACAAAGGGGGAGGGGCUAAGGGAGAAGCGGGCGUGGUCAUCCAUGAGGAGGAGGAGGCGGAGUCAAUGCAGACGUCCGUCCCUUCAGCCAACGAGUGCAGUAAGAGCGGACAUGAGACAGAAGGUGGUUCCAGAACCCGGGCGUGCCGAAAAAGCCAAUCAGAAGAGCCCAGCAGCCAAAAGAGCCAAUCAGAAGAGCCGAGUAGUCAAAAGAGCCAGUCAGAAGAGAACAGUAGUGAAAAGAGCCAAUCAGAAGAGCCGAGCAGUCAAAAGAGCAAAUCAGAAGAGACCAGUAGUGAAAAGGGCCAAUCGGAACAGCAGAGCAGUCAAAAGAGCCAAUCAGAAGAACAGAGCAGCACUUCAGCUGAUAGGCCAGAGGAUCUCCCUCAGCCUCCGCCCCCGCCUGUCCUUGUGGUUGAUCACCAGCGACUAGUGGCUCUGCUAGACGAGGUGGUCUUGAAGACGUCGGGGUUCAGUGUUGACGAACUGGAAAGACUCUACUCUCAGCUCAGCCAGGCCAUCUACCUUCACCGCAGGGACUACAACAAAACACAGCUCAUAGAGGCGAUGGAGAGGCGUGUGCGGCAUUUUGAAACAUUCCUGUAAGAGGUGUGGUCGGACCGGACUGCACCACGAACCCUCCAAUCCGAGAGGAGGAGACCAGCCUACUGAGCCACACCCCCCUUACCCACAGAGUCACACCCUCCGGUGCGAGGAGUGCAGGUGUACUGUU